UAAAGGGAACUACCUACAAGAUCACCUGCUUAUCCAGUGCGCCAUUUGAGACAGAGCCGCUGUGUUGUGAGGCAGCAGUGCGUUUUGAAACUUGACUUAGAAAAGAAACGCAACUUCAAGUGACACAACCUGAGUGCAGGUCAGAGGUCAAAACUAACACUAACAACGCCACUAUGGGAAUAUCGUCCAGUCUUCUGGAUGAAAAUAAACACAACUUCAUUAAAGGUUGGGCGCAGACGGAGCUGAGGAAUUUUGCAUCGAUCUACAAGAAGCAGUACUCUUUGGCCUUUCUCUCCCAUGUCCAUGAUGAGUUGGUGCAGCGGAAACAAGAGCAUACUCAACUCCUUAAACAGCGGGAUCCCCCACAGGAAGCAGAGGUGGUCUACCAGGAGCCUGUGUUGUACUUUUGUGAUAACAGGAAAUGGAAGGAGAGGUUUGUGGUGGUUCGUGCCAAUUACUCUCUGGAGUGCCAUGAGAGCAAUGAGACGCUUAUCAAAGGCAUACCACCACUGUACAAGCUGUCAGCUACAGGAGGCACUAUUCUGACCACAGAAGAGAAAUACAUGGAAGUGGUAGACAGAUGCUUUCCAGAUACUGACAAUGUGAAAGAGGAAUUUGCGCCCCCAGUGGUGGGUAUGCCGGGGCAGUUUCCAGUGUACCUCCGACUGCCAUACCAGAGAGACUACUACUUCUGCUUCCUUCAGGAGGCCAAACAAGCCACGUUUAUCUCUAUGUUAUCUGACUGCAUUCGCCACCAGAAUCAAGACUUCUUGAAGAAGAAAACGUAUGAGGUGCAGGCCUUUGUCAAAGCCAUCCAGCUCUACAGGCAGGACAAGGGCUACUAUGAAGAAUGGGAUAUGCUCUUAGGCAACGAUGUGCAGAUGCUGACUAAUCUAACCAUGGAGGAGCUGAUGCCGUUUUUAGAGAAAGACAUGCUUACUCGUCUGAAGGCCAAGAAGAUGGACAAGAAGAGAAUGUGGUUUGCUACAAUUGAGGCAGCGUACAACCUGGUACAGGAUACUCUGAUGGAGGGGAUGGCUGCUCUGAACGAUGAGUGCCGAGAGACAACCAAGCAGCAGAGUGCACUCAUGCGCUCAGAUAUGGAUCAGAUCAUGAGUUCCCGAGCCUUUCUGGAGAACAAGCUCAGAGCCACAGUAGCCGAGCUGGCUACCGAAUACUGCAAAGAGAACAUUGAGCCUCGCCUGCCGGUCGUUCUGGAGGAGAUGAUGGGGCCCAUCAGCUUGGGCUUUGAGGAAGCACGCCAGGUCAGCGAGAGCAUGAUGGAAUACCUGUGCAAGAAUUAUCAGGCGGGCUUGACCAGAGAAGAGCUGCAACAGGCUUUGGUGGAGAUGAGUAAACCAGACUUAAAGAGCUGUUAUGAGAAAGUAAGUGGCCUGAGGGAUCAGAUCCAUGAGUUCAGCUACCCAAACUGCAGAGGACUGGAGCACAGCACACAAAUUGAUAUACAACAGCUGGUGGACAGUGUGUCCUACACUUUUGAACUACUUCUGAACAAGUCUUUGGAAGACGACACCAACCUAUUAGAUGCCAUGACAAAAGCCAAACAGAGGGUGCUGAAGCAAUACGACUACGACAGCAGCACACGGAGAAAGAAGAUUUUCCAAGAAGCUCUGCUCAGCAUCACUCUACCCAGUGUCAAAGCUUUUCUAGCUCCUACGUUCAAAGAGGAACUGCCGAACUUUGAACAGUACAUAUUUGAUGAUUAUGUCAAUUUCAUCAACGUGGAAAAUGUCUAUGAGGACAUAUUGCAGCAGACACUAGAGCAGGACAUUGGAAAUGUGGUGAAGGAAGCUGCAAGCAUGAAAAAGUACAACUUAUUUAUGGAGUCCAGGUACCGUUUUAGUGUUUCCAGCAGGUACUUCUCUAUGCCUGACAGUCCAGACUACAACAGCUCACCCACAACAGAGCUCAGUUCUCUGCCAUCCUCCCCUUUGUUGAGUCAUGGCCUACUGGAAAGCCCGUGCACUGGUGAAGAUCCAGGUGUUGCUGAGCAGGAAGAGGUUCAGGCUCAUACACAACCAGAGCUUAUUAAGGUACCUGCUGGUGAAGACCCAGGCAUGUCUGAGAAGACAGUGGAGCAGGAGGUCAUCAUUGAGGCACUUGAGCAGACAGAACUUAUUAAGGUACCUGCUGGUGAAGACCUAGGCAUGUCUGAGAAGACAGUAGAGCAGGAGGUAAUCUUGGCCCAGCAGGUAGAGAUUCAAGCACAAGCACAAUCUGAACCUAUUAAGGUAGAAACAUCUGUGAAAGCUGAAAAAGAUCACAAAGUGGAGGAUUACAGAAUGCUAGAUGUACCUGUUACUGCUGAAACUGAGAUACGAGUCACACCUGACACUCUUAUAGAGCACACGGUAGUUGUGGAGGACAUGCUGGUUGCCACUCAAAAUUUGGAGGAGAAAAUGUUCACAGGGGCUCCUAAUGUAGUGGCCAUAAACCCAGAAACAUUGCUAGAUCCAGCUAGCUACUCAAGCAUAGAACCUGCACUGACACCUGCAGGUCUUCCACUGCUCCAGUCUAGUCCACCAGUCCAGGAUAAUCCUCCAGUUGGGGCUAGUGCUCCGAGCCAGGCUAGUCCUACACCAAUCCAGGCUAGUCCUAAACCAAUCCAGGCUAGUCCUAUACUAGUCCAGGCUAGUCCUUCACUAGUCCAGGCUAGUCCUUCUCCAUUAGUCCAGGCUAGUCCUUCUCCAUUAGUCCAGGCUAGUCCUUCUCCACUAGCCCAGGCUUCACUAGUCCAGGCUAGUUCUUCUCCAACAGUCCAGGCUAGUCCUCCAACAGUCCUGUCUUGUCCACCAGUCCAGGUUAGUCCUACACCAGUCCAGGCUAGUCCUUCUCCACUAGUCAAGGCUAGUCCAUCUCCUCCAGUCCAGGCUAGUCCUCCAACAGUCCAGUCUUGUCCUCCAGUCCAGGAUAGUCCUACACUAAACCAGGCUAGUCCUCCUCCAUUCCAGUCUUGUCCACCAGUUCAGGCUUGUCCUCUGCCAGUCCAGGCUAGUCCUACAUUAAACCAGGCUAGUUCUACACCAAUCCAGGUUAGUCCUCCACCAGUUCAGGCUAGUCCUCCACCAGUCCAGUCUUGUACACCAGUCCAGGCUAGUCCUCCUCCAGUCCAGGCUAGUCCUCCACCAGUCCAGGCUAGUCCUCCUCCAGUCCAGGCUAGUCCUCCUCCAGUCCAGUCUUGUCCUCCACCAGUUCAGACUUGUCCACUAGUCCAGGCUAGUCCUCAAAUUAGGACUAGUCCUCCUCCAGACGGGUCUAGUCCUUCUCCAGUACAGGCUAGUCAUUCACCAGUCCAAGCUAGCCAACUAUACCAGUCCAGUCCACCAGUCAAGCCUACCCCUACACCAGCCCAGGCUAGUCCACUUGCCCAGGUUAGUCCUCCAGCUCAGAUUUGUCCACCAGACCAGGCUGGUCCUCCAGUGGUUCAAGCUAGUCCACCGGUCCAGGCUAGUCCACCAGAGGGAGACACAAGGCCCAUGGACCAAGUGUUGCAAAGUGAAAGUGUCAAAUGUAUCUCUGCAGAGAGUGAAACAGAGAGUGCAGCCAGCAUUAGGUCAGAUGAGGUCAUAGUGAGCAAAGUGACAGAGUUUUCUGAUGAUUCAUCUUGGACCACAGAGGAGGAAGGGGAUAGCAUUGAGGAAGAUGAACUGACAAUGGACACCACAGCAGAUAUGCCAAAUGUGUCAGAUGUUAGUUCCAAUGUAACUGACAAUUCUGCAGAUCCCAAAAAUGAAGCUGCCAGACCUUUAGAUUGCAUCAAGGAAAUCCGUGAGCUUGUGAUGGAAGUGAUCGAGGUGGAGGAGAUAGCUCAGCACUACCCUGACAAAGGAGAGGUCCACUUAAACACACAGUGAAGGAGAAUUAAUAUUUAUAAGAGACUUUCUGAACAAUCUGACUCACCGAGUAGUUAAAAACACUGUCAUGACAAGACUUAAUGAGCUUAUUUCUCUAUUAAAGUCACUUGAGUAGUUUAUACAGCUUCAGGAGCAAUGUGAGUAGAAAGCAAAGUGGGUUUUAAGUUGUUUUAUAAUUGUUUUUGGAUUGACUACGGACUUUAAGCUGCUGUUGAAAGAAUGCCUUUAUUUGUCGUGCUGGUGUUAUAUGCUUUCAUGCCCACAAAUAAAUAACUAAAGAAGGGGGAAUAAAAAUAUGUAACAUA